AUGCGCACUAUCCUUCACCACCACCCUGUUAUCCUACGCACUUUCCCUUCCAUGGCAUCUUCUUCCCUCGCUCUCCCUUCGGUUUCUCUCAAAACCCUCUCUUUCACUUCCACUGAUGCUUUUAAUAAAGGAAUUCAAGGAUUCAGUCUUAAAAAUGGCAACCGAUCUAGGGUUUUUAUGAGCUUGUCAGCCGGAUCUCAAAGUCAAACUGUUGUUGUUGAUGAUACUUUGUUUCUCGAUUAUAAGCCUACAUCUGCUUUUUUGUUUCCUGGUCAGGGUGCACAAGCUGUUGGAAUGGGAAAGGAGGCUCAAAGUGUGUCAGCUGCUGCUGAUUUGUACAAAAAAGCCAAUGAUAUAUUGGGGUAUGAUCUUAUAGAACUCUGCACCAGUGGUCCAAAAGAGAAGCUGGAUUCGACUGUUAUAAGCCAGCCUGCUAUUUAUGUCACAAGUCUAGCUGCAGUUGAGAUGCUCCGAGCUCGGGAUGGAGGCCAGCAGAUAAUUGACUCUGUUGAUGUUACAUGUGGUCUCAGCUUGGGAGAAUAUACUGCUCUAGCAUUUGCAGGAGCCUUCAGCUUCGAAGAUGGACUGAAACUGGUCAAACUAAGGGGCGAAGCUAUGCAGGAAGCUGCUGAUGCUGCUAAAAGUGCGAUGGUCAGUGUUAUAGGAUUGGACUCUGAUAAAGUUCAACAGUUGUGUGAUGCAGCCAAUCAAGAGGUUGAUGUAGCUGAUAAAGUUCAGAUUGCAAAUUACCUAUGUCCUGGUAAUUAUGCUGUAUCUGGAGGCGUGAAGGGAGUAGAAGCGGUAGAAGCUAAAGCGAAAUCUUUCAAAGCUCGAAUGACUGUGCGUUUAGCGGUCGCUGGUGCUUUCCAUACAAGUUUCAUGGAACCAGCUGUCUCAAGAUUGGAAGCUGCAUUGGCUGCCACUGAAAUCAGACAGCCAAGAAUACCAGUUAUAUCUAAUGUUGAUGCACAACCACAUGCAGAUCCUGCCACAAUUAAGAAAAUUUUGGCUCGCCAAGUGACUUCUCCUGUUCAAUGGGAAACAACAGUGAAGACUCUCCUAACCAAAGGACUGAAGAAGAGUUAUGAAUUAGGACCUGGAAAGGUUAUUGCUGGCAUUGUCAAGAGAAUGGACAAGAAAGCUGAAAUAGAGAAUAUAGGUGCAUGA